AGCCAUGGUUUCCUUUGAUAAGUUACAGAUGCUGACUUUUUCGGUACUAAUUCUCAUUAUUGUUGCCGAGAGUCACAGAAAAGUACUAGUGGAAGACAAUGGAAGGGAGCUGGAAAGAUUACUCAACUAUGUCAAUAGACCUGCAAUCAAAAGCUUCCAGACUGAACUUGGUGAUAUAUUGGAUUGCAUCGACAUUAAUAAACAGCUAGCAUUUGAUCAUCCUAUGCUCAAGACCCACUCUGUUCAGUUGAGGCCUACAAAUACAUCUAAAUGGGCCAUCAACAGCAACAAUUCAAAGAAUGGUGGUUCUGUUCCGUUUGGACAAGAUGGGAUAAGGUGUCCACUUGGGACAGUGGUUGUUAAGAGGAUAACAUAUGAAGAUGUUAUACAAGCUCACCGUUUAAAAUCCAUGGGGUCCAAAUAUUCAAGAUAUGUUUAUUCAAAGGGAAAUAAUAUCGACUUAACUGGUUAUCAUUUUGCCGUGGGUGAGUUCAAAUAUGACAAUUAUGGAGGAAAGGCAAACCUCAGCAUUUGGGAACCAGAAGUUUCACCCACUCAGAUCAGUUCUGCGAGUAUGCUUGUCGCCACAGGCAAUUAUGAACAUUUUCAAAGCAUUAGAGCUGGAUGGAUAGUGUACCAAUGGCUAAACAAGAACCACAGUCGCUUAUUCACCUACUGGACUGCAGAUGGAUUUAUCAAGACAGGUUGCUUCAAUACAUUAUGCCCUGGUUUUGUCCAAGUGAGCACCAAAAUCCCGCUGGGCUACCUUUUUAACCAAGUUUCUACAUACGGUGGCAAACAAUAUGAAAUAGAAAUCAGCAUCUUUCAGGAUAGUAAAACAGGAGAUUGGUGGUUGGUGGUGUUUGAUGAAAAUGUUGGAUACUGGCCAAAAUCAUUGUUCACAGAAGACGGUUUAGUCCAUGGAGCAAGUUUGAUAUCAUAUGGAGGAGAAGUAUACAGUCCAGUGAAAGAGAAGAGCCCACACAUGGGAAGUGGGCAUUUCCCCAUUGAAGGUUACUUGAAAGCAGCCUAUGUGAAUGGUAUUGAAGUGGCUGAUGAAAUUGACGGCAAACUAUCAAAGCCACCAAUUUCUACAGUAAAUCCACUCUCAACCACCCCAAAUUGUUAUAAAGCAGAAACCAAAUCAGAUAGUAAAGUUCCGUAUGACGCAAUCUUCUAUGGAGGACCAGGAGGUUGCACAUUCUAG